AUGGGUAGUGUUUGUCAGCUAAUAAAUAGAACUUAAGGAGGGACUAUGUGCAUUUAAUAUACAGAGUAAAACCCCGACUAUGAAAUCUAAGGUCCUCUAGCAGAAGUGAAGGUUAUGAGCGCAACUAAAAUCUAGGCUUGUUAUCGACGCUAUUAAGCAAGAAAACAAGAAAAAGAAAUCGAAGAGUCUUAAGCUCCUCUGAAACACAUAGCAGUCCCAACUGAGUAAGUUCCUGAGAUUGUGCAUCAAGUUGUUUCAAAAGUGCUUCUUCAAUUAGGUCCUUUCGAUUAUUCUAAGUGUUCUACUUUGAUUGCGGCUAAAUUUCUUUCCGCUUAUUAAUUUCUUAGCAACGGAGGGAUCUAUAUAGGGUAAUGGAAAAACCACAAAAGAAACGGUAGAGGAAAAUACAUGUUUCCUGAUGGUUCCCUGUAUGAGGGUUUUUGGGUCGAUGAUAAAGCCAAUGGAUAUGGAAGACUCAUAGUUACUAGUGGAGAAUAUUAUAUUGGAGAGUGGAAGAAUGAUAGGAAUGAUGGGUAUGGAGUUUAUGUACAUGCUGAUAAGUCAAGAUAUGAAGGGUUUUGGAAGGAUGAUAAUAAACAUGGGGAAGGAACUGAAACAUGGGAAGGAACUGAAACAUGGGAAGAUAAACCAGCUGUUUUUAAAGGCAACUAUAACAUGGGUCUAAAGGAAGGAUUUGGAAUCUAUAAGUGGGCUGAUGGAUCAAUUUAUGAAGGAGAUUUUAAGAACAACCAAUUUUAAGGGAAGGGAACUUACAUUUGGCCUGAUGGCAGCAAGUAAGAGGGAUUAUGGGAGAAUAACAAGAUGAAUGGCGAAGGGGUGAUGACUUGGGAAGAUGGCAGAAAAUAUAUAGGGGGAUUUAAGGAUAAUGAUAAGGAUGGUUAUGGAGAAUUAUAUUGGGCUGAUGGCAGGAUUUAUAAGGGAUAGUGGUAAAAUGGGUUGUAGCAUGGAGAGGGAAUCUACAUUGAUAAAAAUGGGAAAUAAAUCAAAGGAGUGUGGUUUGAGGGACACAGGAAGUGA